CGCAUACCCACAAGAGCGUCCGUGUUCUCACCUUUUUAUUUAGUUUGUUCAAGCCCCUUCCGCUUCUGAACAAACCUCUUCAUCUUCAUAUCUGCUUGUCUAUCGGCCCGUACCGUUCGUUGUAAUAGCAACUGAGCCUUUUUCAAUCCCCGUCACUUUCAAGCAUCCGUUUUGUUUUUGGCGCCUGAACAACACCAAGCUUCCUUUUCUAGCCUGUGCAUGUUCAUUUUUGACGACAAAUUUAAUAAUUCAUAUUUUACAGACAAUCCACCAGAUCCUGUUUUUUUUAACGAGCCUUUAGAGCCGACUUUUAUUCAACCUCUUAUUCAAAACUCUCUUCCCAAGGUUAACCCUUCUUCUAUUACCAACCAUGUCUUGCAACGAACGACUCCGCCCAAGGAUGGCCUCUGCCCUCUCGAUGCUGUCACCUCGUGUGAUGGCUCACUGUUGUCCCAGCAACCUCUGUUAAGCUUUGAUGAUCUUGAAUGGUUCAAUACUUCCAGUUCUUCCAAAGCUUCAACAGUCUCUGCCUCUGCCCCUGCCUUUGCCCCAGUGGCUGCAACGCUUCCCCAAGACGAUGCAUCUGGCUUCGAUCAGCUCUCGCUCUUGGACGAGAUUUGCGCCUCUGUUUCCAGUACCCCGUUUACAUCCCACCUUGACUCGCCGGACCCAUCUCACCAGACCCCCCUAUUCGAUUCUGUGGCCUCUGAAGUCCUUGAUAUUGCUGCCCCCAAUCAGUUCUGGAAUAGUGCCGACUCUGAUAUCAAUCUCGCCUCUUCUAUGACCGCUGGGGGCUUAAACUUGGACCUGAACUUGGGCCUUAUUUCGCCCAUCUCUAGCACUUCACCUCUUGCCUCAACAACUUUUUUAGAAGAGAAAGAUGCUUCUGAUCAGGAUCUUAGUCAGGCUAUGUCUCGUCUUCAAGCCGAAAACGCCUUACUCGACUUUGUUCUCUAUGACGAUAUUACUCAUCCGAGCCCUAUCUCGACCUUAAUGGCCACUCCUGAAACAACUUCCGUAUCAUCCCCCAUGUUCUCGGAUUCAACGAUACCGAUGAGCUUGCAAAGCAGCUCGUUACCGCUGCAGCAACAAAUAUGGCAAACCAGUUAUCGACUGUGAGUGCCCUGACUUCACCUCUCAUGAAUGAUUCCUCCGAUCUCCUCGGUAAUCUUUUCUCCGAUGUUGAUCUCUCUUUGACGAAAUCGGUUACGCCCACCAUGGUGACGUCCAGCCCCCAGAUGUCGCUCGAUUGGAUGUCAGACCAACUUUCCCAGAAUCCUCCAUUCGAUUUUAGUAACAACAAUAGCAGCAGCAGCACUGCGGCUGUCCAUCCUUUUUCAACGGAGUCUUCACCUUUACU